GAGCAAUUGUGAAAGUUCGCGUGAGCCACACGCUGUUUUUGUGCGAAGCAUUGACAUCAAGCCUAGCUGAGACAAGAUCCAUAAAGAAAAUUAUGGGUGGAGUAAUUUGAUGAUGAAAUAAACACCAGCCAGAAAAUGGUAAAACCUAUAAUUGAGUCAAAUUAAGGAAGAGGUGGCAGAGACAGAGGUCCUCCUUUGUAGGAGACCAUUGAGGAAAGACAAACAUUUCCUUUUGUGUGGGUUUUAUCAUGUAACAACACCUCUCUUCCUUUUCUUUCUUUUGGGAACCCUUCUAGGCCAUUCAGGGUUCUCAACCAUUGUGAAAAGAGAAGGUACAAAAUAGGGGAAAUUAACGUUGUGUUUCCGGCAUCGUGGUGGUUACAACGUAGAAAAGAUUAAUCUCAUAGCCGGAACACAACACACACAAAAAAAAAGGAAAUUAAUUGAUUAAUUAAUUAAUUAAUUAAUUACCAUGCCUCCCUCUCACAACUCAUCUCCAGAUAACGCCACACCCGAUAAUGCCACACCUGAUAAUGCGACCCCUGAUGACGCUGAUGGAUCAUCCAAACAAUCUGGUUCGUCACAUAAAGCAGUUUCAUCAAAUGAAAAAUCGCAUAAAAACAAUAAUUCCAACGAUGAUGAUAGUAAGGCAUUAGUUGGAGCUGCUCUUGGAGCAGGGUUUGUCCUUCUUCUCCUUCUUGUUUUUUGUUUCAUUUGGUCCAGGAGGAAGAAGAGAAAGCAAAAUUACUAUUAUGGUCCUGGAGAUCCUUCCCUUGGACAAGACUACUUAUUUCGCACUUCAGCGCGAGAUCUUUCUUCACAAUGGAGUAAUUACUACCACAGUGGACAACAUCCUCAUCCCAAUUGGCAAGGAGGGCCAGGCCCACAUGGGAUGGAUCAUGUUGUUAGAGUAAAUGGAAUGGGCCCACCAAGUGGUGUUUGGGGUGCACCACACCCUCUAAUGAAUAGUGGUGAUAUGAGUGGCAAUUACUCAUUGGGUAUGGGCCCAGGUGCUAUGCCUCCUCCUUCUCCGGGCCUGUCUCUUACUCUCAAGGGUGGUACCUUCUCUUAUGAGGAAUUGGCAUCAGCUACGAAAGGAUUUGCUAAUGAGAAUAUUAUAGGACAAGGUGGUUUUGGUUAUGUUCAUAAGGGAAUAUUGCCUAAUGGAAAGGAAGUUGCUGUUAAAAGUUUAAAAUCUGGUAGUGGGCAAGGAGAACGCGAGUUCCAGGCUGAGAUCGACAUCAUUAGUCGUGUUCAUCAUCGUCAUCUUGUGUCGCUUGUUGGAUAUUCUAUUUCUGGUGGACAGAGAAUGUUGGUCUAUGAAUUUGUUCCAAAUCAAACUUUGGAACAUCACCUUCAUGGAAAGGGUGUGCCUACUAUGGAUUGGCCCACUAGAAUGAAAAUUGCACUAGGAUCUGCUAGAGGGCUUGCUUACCUUCAUGAAGAUUGUAGUCCUCGCAUUAUCCACCGUGAUAUUAAGGCUUCAAAUGUCCUAAUUGAUGACAGCUUCGAAGCUAAGGUGGCUGAUUUUGGAUUGGCUAAAUUGACUACGGAUAAUAAUACACAUGUCUCAACUCGUGUCAUGGGAACAUUCGGAUACAUGGCCCCUGAAUAUGCAUCAAGUGGAAAAUUGACAGAGAAAUCUGAUGUUUUUUCAUUUGGGGUCAUGCUACUAGAACUCUUAACUGGGAAGCGACCGUUGGAUUUGACCAAUGCCAUGGAUGAAAGUUUAGUUGAUUGGGCUCGACCACUCUUGAAUCGUGCAUUGGAGGAGGAUGGAAACUUUAGAGAAUUGGUGGAUCCAUUUUUGGAAGGAAACUAUAAUCAUCAAGAAAUGAUAAGAAUGGCAGCUUGUGCUGCUAGUAGCAUUCGUCAUUCUGCCAAGAAGCGUUCAAAAAUGAGUCAGAUUGUAAGAGCAUUGGAAGGAGAUGUGUCACUAGAAGAUUUAAAGGAGGGGAUGAUGAAAACUUCAGGGAAUAGCAGCGCUUAUACCUCCUCAGCUGGGAGCUCAGACUAUGAUACCGUGCAAUACAAUGCUGAUAUGAUGAAAUUCAGAAAGGCAAUUAUGUCGAGUCAGGAAUUUGGUGAAUAGUGCAGAGCUCUCUACAAAAGAGAUGGGUCGUCACUAGAAUUAUAAUAUUUUGCCGAAUCAAAUCAAUGAGCUUGCUAAGAAUUCUCAGCUAGCUUUUGGAUAACGAUUCUCAUGACAUAACCAUUUUGUUCAUCACGCGCUUCAUAGGUAAUGAUAAAACAUAUAUGAAAUUUAUUGGGGGUUGUGUUGUGUUCAUAUCGGUGAUGGAUAUGUUAGUUUUGAGCAGUGUUUGGAGAUUUUGGGGUGUUUGAGAUGCACAUUUACAAGACACAAAUUAAUGCAAACUCAUUUUAUUUGUUAAUUGCA